AUGGCAUACAUCUACCGUUCGAGAGGGCGCCUCAAGACGAUAUUGAAUGGACAAGGUGAAGCUGGUCACAGAGCGGCCCCGGCUCGCGGGGGAAACCACGACGCAAGAAUCGGAUGCCGAAUCGAUUUUGGACCAAAAUUCGCCAACGCUGGCAAGGAAUAUCGACGGUACAACCUCCAACUUAAUUCGAACGCUCAAGAUCCCCAUCUGAAGAAAAUGGCCGCUCAAGAUCCCCACAAGGUUUAUUCGACUGCAGAUGUUGAGAUUAAAGUGGACAGGACGGAGGAGGAAGAAGACGAAGCGAUUGAGGACUUCAAGGACCAAAUGAUCAACAACUUGAAAGAGUAG